GGCCCAGGUCCCCGCAGCCGGUAGCCGGCGCGCGGUCAUGGCGAGCCUUCUGCGGCGGCGAGCCGCUGCCGCCUCCCGCCUCCUCCUCCUUCCGCCGCCACCUCCGGGACCGGCGGGGGCGCGGCGCGGCAGCUGGGCUCUGCCCGCCGCCCUGGUGCGCCGCGGUGCGUUGGUGGGCGGCCGCUGGGUAGAGACGCCUUCCGCAUUUCCCGUACGGGACCCGGCCAGCGGCGACGAGCUGGGCCGGGUGGCCGACUGCGGCGAAGCCGAGGCGAGGGCGGCCGUACGGGCCGCGCACGAAGCUGGCGCCGCCUGGGGCCGCCUCCCCGCCAAGGAGAGGAGCGCGCUUAUUCGCAGAUGGUACGAGCUGAUGAUAGAAAGGAAAAAAGAUCUGGCAACGAUCAUAACGGCGGAAAACGGAAAACCUCUGAAAGAAGCAGAGGGGGAGGUCCUAUAUUCUGCCUCAUUUCUGGAGUGGUUUGCAGAGGAAGCUCGCCGAGUUUAUGGUGAUGUCAUUCCAGCAUCUGCAAAAGAUAGAAGAAUCCUGGUGCUGAAACAGCCGGUAGGAGUGGCAGCAAUUAUAACCCCAUGGAAUUUCCCCAGUGCUAUGAUUACCCGGAAGGUUGGCGCAGCUUUGGCAGCUGGCUGUACAGUAGUAGUGAAACCUGCAGAGGACACACCUUUAUCAGCAUUAGCUCUUGGAGAGCUUGCAAACCAGGCUGGAAUUCCAGCAGGAGUGUAUAAUGUUGUUCCUUGUUCAAGACAACAGGCAGCAGCUGUAGGGGAAGUUCUGUGCACUGAUCCAUUGGUAGCCAAAAUAUCUUUUACGGGCUCUACUGCAACAGGAAAGAUACUGCUGAAACAUGCAGCUGGCACUGUGAAGCGAGUUUCCAUGGAGCUUGGAGGGCAUGCUCCUUUUAUAGUGUUUGACAGUGCUGAUGUGGACCGUGCUGUUGCAGGAGCCCUUGCUUCUAAGUAUAGAAACUCAGGUCAGACGUGUGUUUGUACAAACCGUUUCCUGGUGCAAAAGGGAAUCCAUGACACAUUUGUACAAAAGUUUGCUAAAGCCAUAGAGAGCGAGCUGCGUGUUGGAAGUGGAUUUGAUGCAAAAACUACCCAAGGGCCGUUAAUUAAUGAAAAAGCAGUAGAGAAGGUAGAGAGACACAUUAAUGAUGCAGUUUCGCAAGGAGCGUCUGUUGUGACUGGAGGGAAACGACACAGCCUGGGGAAGAAUUUCUUUGAACCAACAUUACUGAGUAACGUUACGACAAAAAUGCUUUGCACGCAAGAGGAGACAUUUGGCCCUUUAGCACCAGUUAUCAAAUUUGACACUGAAGCAGAAGCUAUUGCCAUAGCAAAUGCAGCCGAUGUGGGUUUAGCAGGAUAUUUCUAUUCCCAAGAUCCAGCACAGAUCUGGAGAGUUGCAGAGCAGCUGGAAGUUGGAAUGGUUGGUGUAAAUGAAGGCAUAGUCUCCUCGGUUGAGAGUCCUUUUGGUGGGAUAAAGCAAUCUGGCAUAGGGCGAGAAGGUUCCAAGUAUGGCAUUGAUGAAUACUUAGAAAUAAAGUACGUCUGCUUUGGAGGCCUGUAGCAAUCUUCAGAAAGCACAAUCCCAACAUCUUGGAGAAGAGUGCUGUAGUUUUAAGAGCUUUUUGAACCGGAAAUAUGUAAUUAAUGAAACUUUUACCUUCUUUAGAAAUAAGCAACCCUGUCCUGUAUGUGAGACAUAUUGAGAACAUUAUGUGCCACAUGUUUUUACAUGUUUAUACUAUAUGAGUACAUUGUUUUUCAGCAAUGUGAUCACAGUGCCCAUUACCUCUAAAAGGGAGUAGGGAAGAAGGCGCAUUUAUUAUUCUUAGAUCACCCUCAUUAGUGGGGGGACUUGGAAAUUUCUGCAUUAUGAAAACAGAUCACAAUCUGUGUCAAGGGGAAAACAGACCACCUUUUUCUACUGCCUUUGAAUGUGUGUAGGAUGGGGGAAGUGUUGGUUAUGGCAGACUGCCUUUAAACUUUUGAGCAAACACCAACAUUUUAUAAUGUGAUUGUAUAACUUUCUUUUAGAAGCAGGCAUGUCUUUUUUUUUUUUUUUUUUUUUUUUAAACUGUGGGAUAAUCUGAUGCUUAUGAAAGAUGAGGAAGUGCUUGGCUACAGCUAGGAAUCCAUGCAGGUGAAUGAACAGCUUUGUAAGUGCAUCUUAAUACUAGCUGCAGAGCUGUCAGCUGGUUCAGCCUUUGGCCUUCUGAGCAAAGAGCUGUAAUUGGUGCCUGACAGCCUGCAAGUUUGGGAUCAGUUACAGCCCCUAUUUGGUAUGUAUGUGAGUCUCAGUUGUUCAGAGAAGACAGCAGUGCAGGACAGUAAGUUGUUGGCUCAGUGAGGAAGAUGGUAUGUACAGCUGCAGGAAUAACUUACAGAAUUUUAAGGGGACACUGAAAGGCCUGUAUGAAUGAAUCCCAAAUGCUGACAUGAGAACAUAUAUGAAGUCCUCUUCUGUGAAAAGAAUGUAACUGUCCUUUGGUAGAAGGAAGGUCACUGAUGUAAAUGUUGCUCGGUGUCUACAAUGUUCCUCAGCACCUCCAAAGAACAUGAACGGAUGGUUCAUUUCCUCUGGGCUUUGUGCAUUGGAUUUAUGGUCACACAAGCAAACAUCCAUUAUUGAGAAAGGUAUACACAUUUUUAAACUGGGGUAACUUGCAGUCUAAUAAGGAUAUAAAUAAUUGUAGGCAAGACUUUUACCCACAAUUCCACUAUUUUAAUUGACAUCUUUAAAAGAGAUAAAGAUUCUUUAGUAUGGAAAAAAAAAACCAACAAAACAUUUCCAUGGAAAUUGGAAGAAGUCCUUUUUACAUAAAAUGCAAUAUUAAUUUGGCAAAUAGAUCAGCACUGUAGAGGCUAAGGAGAAGACAUUUUGUUUCCUCUGGUUAACUUAUUUGGUGGGGUUGUACCCAUUAAUUAUUACUAUUAAAGGCAGGUAACACAUCUUCAUAUAUAUAUUUAUACAGUAAUGAAUGUACUCUAUGAAAUGGACUAUUUUAAGAAACUUGAUGCAAUUAGGCAAAAAGGUACCAGGUAACAAAAUACCUAAAGAAAAACCAGAGCUGAGUUUUAGAGGGUUAUUUUUUUUUCUUUUUAUGGUUGCACACAAGGUAGCAUUAACUGCUACUCAUUAUUUCUAAAUACCUGUUAUGGUUGUAUUUGUGUAACACCUGAGAACAGGUGGGUGUAGAACAUUGUCAGUGGAAUGUAUGCGUGUGUAUACAUCCUGCCAGCUGAAGGACAAGCAAAGGACGCUAACUGCGCAUCAGAAAUUUCUAAUGCACCGAGAAUGCACAUUUACAGUGGUAAGGACUGGAUACUGUUAUCAGUUGUAGCACAUACGCUUUCUCUGAAGAACAAAAAGGAAUAGCUUAAUUCUACCCACAUAAAUUGCAAGAAAAUUUCUAGCCAGCUUCUGAGCUUGCACUACUGAGUGCACAAGCUGCCUGAAUUUGGGGAACAUGACGUGGAACAGGGAGCCUUUUGCCAGCUCUGACUGCUGGUAAAUUUUUACUCCUUGCAAAAUGGAGCUCAGCAGAAAAAAGCAGUAACCUGGUGCCUGGGUACCAAUAGUACAGCGAUGAAGGCACAUGUACAGAUAUUGUACACAGGUCGGAAUAUCUGCCACUUCAGUUGCACAGACUUAAAAUAUGCUUGCACUAUGAAAUCAAGGUUAAACUUAUCUCAUUUACUGCUGUAUGACAGUGCAGUCUUGAAUGUAGAUGUACUUCCUGGGACACUGCAGUUGGAGAAUUAAUUUUUUAGUCUGCUGCUCUCUUCAUUGCAAAAUUAGUGAUCUCAUGCCUUGGUGAAUUUAAAAUCUUGAUGUAAUUUUUAAGAAUAGCACUGUUACAGUUAAUGAGUACAUGUUUACUUUUUUGUAUAUAUAUUUUUUUAACUUUGCCUGAUAACAAGCACAAACCAUAAUUAAAUUGUAUAAUGAAUUUGAAAAAUACCUUUGUCUAGCUAGAUUGGAGCGUGGUUGGAUUCCAGCACAGUAUCUUUGUGUCAUUAAGGUCUACAUUAGUAAGCACAAAAUAAUCUUACAGUUGUUUUCAUAGCAAAAGCUGUGAUUCUUUAACAAAAGACAUACUUGAAUCCUCACAUUUGAGUUAUGUUUGUGAUGUUCAGAAAUUUCUGGAUUUAAGACUGUGAUGGAAAAACAUUUUCAAUUAAUAAAUAACUUACGUGAAAGCA